UCACCAGGCACAACCGUGGGCUCCGAGUCAACUGGGAUGGACCGCUGGCACUGGGUCGACUCGAGACAUUGGAUCGUCUGGCUGGACAGCGGGCAUGCCGGGUCACCAGGCAUCAGGUCAUUUGGCUCGACAGCGGGCACCGCGUCAUCUGGCAAGGCAGUGGGCUCCGAGUCAGCUGGUAUGACCGCGGUCUUCACUGGAGUCAGACAUUGGAUCGUCUGGCUGGACAGCGGGGACACUGGGUCACCAGGCAUCAGGUCAUUUGGCUCGACAGCGGGCAACCCCGCGUCAUCUGCAUCUGGCAAGGCAGUUGGCUCCGAGUCAACAGGCACGACAGGAGGCACCGGGUCAUCAGGUACCGGAUUUACACAAUCUGGCUCGACAGCGGGCAUCGGGUCCGACCAGGCAUCAAUCAGGUCAUUUGGCUCGACAGCGGGCACCGGAUCAGGUACCGGAUCAUCUGGAUCAACAGCGGGCAUCGAGUCAACUGGCCUAAUAGGAUCGUCAGGCUGGAUCAGUUCAUCAUGCUGGGUAGAGGCAUCAGGC